UGAAAACACUGAUGACUUCUUAUUGGUCUGCGAGCAGUCGCCCCCGGGUAACGCUCACACCACGGCGGCGUGUUCUGUGGGGUUUUUCAGAAUGGCUCUGUUCCAAAUGCAGAAGCUACACAUGGAGGGGGAGGGGGAGCCAGUGGAUGUGUGAUGGAGGGCGAAAGAGGAAAUGCACGCCCAGUGUCCCUCCGCUCUGUCUGACUCACCCCCUUGAUUGGUGCAGCGUGUCUCCUUGUGUCGGUGACCGCGUCCACUGAUGCGGCUCCGCCUCCUCUGCAGUGGAGCUAUCGGGAGCAAUGGAGGAGCGAGCAGUGCAGCGGGAUCAAUUAGAUGGCUCGUGGGAAGGAGGGCACGAUGAAGGGAAGGCUAACUGGAAGAAGGAGUGCCCCCUUUCCUCACUCCUGAAACACUCUUGUCUUCUCUGCUGGUCGUCCCCCAGGGACACUGACAUCGUGGAAACGGAUGAGAGAGUCCUCAGCAAGGCAUCCGAGAUCAGAGUAAGAAGACCGCGGCACCUUGCGCUGGAGCUUGAGAAUGCCGUAACAGUGGAGAACCUGGAACUGCAGGAGCAGCAGUCAGACCGCAAGGAGCUAGAGGAGACGCUGGUCAAAUUAGAGAAACACAAAGAGAAGCUCACUCAGCAAAUUAAAGCCACCAGACAGCUCUGCUAUGAAGAGAGUCAACAGAUCCUGUCUCUGCAGGCUGAAGAGGUUAAGCGAGAGAGCCAGGUUGAGGAGUAUGAGCGAGAGCUUUCCAGAGCCAGAUGGAGGCUGAGGAAGCUCAAAGAGGAGGUGAAACAGGCCAAGAGGAAGAUGGAGGAGGCUGGAGAGAGGAACUGUCCCCUCCAGGAUUCCAUUAGGCAGUCCUAUGAAGAAAUCCUGCAGUCACUGGUGUCCUCCGUGCAGGAAGAGCACACGCUUUGUUCUGUGUCAGGUGGUGCAGUCACUCCAGAGAGCCAGCUCGACGGCUCGACCUCCCCUGCAGACACCACUGAGGAGGAACCGCUUCCAAUGAGACCGUGGGGGAGGAGCCAAUCGCUGCCUGCAUAUGCUGACCUGAUAAUGGUAGCCAGCAGCGCACCCUUCUGCAAUAAUUUAGCAGAUACCAGAGAAGAGGUAGAUGACAGUAGCAGCAGCUCACCAAAGAUGGACAGAUCCAACCUCGAAGAUGAUCCAGAGGAGGGUGUCGCCAUCAAUGAGGAACAAGGGGGAUUCAAGGAACAGUCCAUUCUAAACAAACUGGACUUCUAUCAAGCUGACCCUUUUGCACAGUGUCAGAUAAGCCAUGACCUGUUUAAUGAAGACCUAUUCCCGAAAACAGACUCAUCAGAUGGAUUUACAUCAGAUCCUUUUAAAGGCACUGAUCCCUUUGCUGCGGACAAUUUGUUUCCAGAGGCAAACAUUGGUUGUGACGAAGCAGCAGUAAUGAUCUGUGAUGAGGCCGACACUAGUCUAUCGUGUGCUGAAAAUAAAGCUUCAACAGGGACGCAGUGUUUUGAGUCGGAGUUUCCGGAUGAAGACAGUGACAUUGAGCUCAGCUAUAGUCAAGAGGAUUUUGACACGAUCCCUGGGGCAGAUGAUAACCAUGGAUUUAAGCCAAUCCAGAGUUCAUCUGAGGAGCUCGGCCCAGAACCCAUUCGAUGCUGGAAUUCCCAGGGUCAGUAUUCUGUAGAAUCAGAUCCCAGUGGGUAUGAACUGGACCUCGGCGCUGUCUCCCUGCCCUCUGACAUCAAAGAGCACAGUCUUGGAUCUCUUGCUGGAGAAUUUGCCAAUGUGGCAACGACAAAAGUGGAGGAAGCCAAAUCUGUCCCUGAGCUUGGUGAUCAUCAAGCAUUGUGGGUGUCGGACAGAAGAGACCGGAAAAACAACAUUCAUUCCCUCGAUGGUGAUCCUGUAGAAGCAAGCGAUAGGAUGAGCAACAACAACGAGGAUCCAGGAAACGUUUCAACUCAUCAAAACUCUGUAGACUCACAUAACCUCUACACUGAACCUGAGUCCCAACAAACCAACCUGAGCUUUGACUAUGAACCAACAAGUCAGUCUUCGUUUGAUCCAUAUGGCUUUAAACUCAGUCCAGAACAUUCCAGUCACACCCUCUUAGACCCCGAUGAAACUGAGCUGAGCCCAGUACCCAGUGAUCAAGAUCUGGCUUUUGAGCACUCCUCUUCUCAGCCAGACCCACUUAACUUUUAUUCCUACGAGUAUGAAAUCCCCUCUUCCCAGAUGGUACAGGACUCUGAUCCAUAUGGCUUUAAACUCAGCCUUGAAGAAGACAAUCAGGAAGUGCCAGAACCUUGUUGCGAUGAUAACAUGGAAAAUUUGGCCCUCGGUAGAUUUGACAAUGAGGACAACGAAGAACCCUUUAACUAUAGCAACCAAGAAGUACCUGAAUUUCUUCCCCAUGAAAACCAAGAAGUGCUUAUUCCUCGUAGCGACAACAACCAAGAACUGCUGGAUGUGUUUAAAAGAAGAAGCCAAGAAGGGCUGGAAUUCUCAUCUCUGGUCAACAGUGAAAAUGUAAAGUUAGUAAGCAAGGAAAAUCAAGAAUUCCUGAGUCUUUGUAGUCCUGAAAACCAAGAAAUAGUUGAACACGAUCACUUUGUAAGUGACAAAGAACUUGAACAGUGUAUAAAUGAUAACCAAGAAGUGCUGGAAUUUUGUAGUCAUGGUAAUCUGGAACAACUUGAUUUCACCUCCACAGAGAAUCAGGAAGUUUUGGAAUUAGACAGCUAUGGCAAUCGAGAAGUAGUCGAAAAUCAGGAAGCGCUAGUUUCUGGUAACCAUGAAAACCAGGGAAUACUGAAUCCCGAUAAUAAUAAAUAUGAGGAAUUGCUAGAUUUGGAUGGCCAUAAUAACCAGGAAGUGCUGGACUUGGUAAAAGAUGAGGUUCACGCUGAAACCAACAACAAUCAGUGCAUCCUGAAAUCAGAGUUUAACAUCAGUCCCACCAAUAACAGCUCAGACAGUGACGUGGCAUCAGAAGAACUGCUAGGGUUAGAACCCAGUAGUACGAGUGCUGGAGAUAGCCUCAUGGGGAGCAGCAUCAUGCCCACCAACAAGACUUGCAACAUGUCUAAUAAGCCUGCUAGUCACCACCUGCUAGACAGUGAUCCCGGUUCUGUGUUCAGGGAUGGUGGAUACAUUGGCUGUCCCGAUGUAGCUGAUGAUCUCGAACCUAUGUUCCACAGACAGGUUAACACUGUGGCAGAGCCAGUGCAGCCUGUCAGACCAGUAAGACCUCCCCGGCCUUCACUCAGGGCAAAGGAGAAGGCUCCGUCCCCAACUCAGGGAAUUGACCUGAAGUGAUCCAUCUAUAAUCAACACUUCUUAUCCCAACAACGGAUGAGUAAAUCGAAGAAGAGAGAAAUGAGAUGUGAAGCGAUGUAAAAAAGGAACAAGGGAGAUGAGUCUGUCUCCAGACAGAUUUGCGGCAAUAACUAUGAACUCACUGCGUCUGUUUUUAUGUUCAGCAGUUAAACGGAACCCUGAAAUAAGAAAUAGGAGGGGCCCGGUUCAACAGGACCAGCUUGCAUAGACAACAAAAGUCUCAAUUCAUUUGUAAAUUAUUCGUAAUAAUUUUAUGGGGGGCGGCACGGUAGUCGACUGGUUACCACAUCUGCCUCACAGUUCUGAGGACCGGGGUUCAAAUCCCGGCCCCGCCUGUGUGGAGUUUGCAUGUUCUCCCCGUGCCUGGGUGGGUUUUCUCCGGGCACUCCGGUUUCCUCCCACAUCCCAAAAACAUGCGUGAUAGGUUGAUUGAGGACUCUAAAUUGCCCGUAGGUGUGACCGUGUGCACGAAUGGUUGUUUGUGUCUAUGUGUCCUGCGAUUGACUGGCGACCAGUUCAGGGUGUAGCCCGCCUCUCGCCCGAAGAUAGCUGGGAUAGGCUCCGGCAGCCCGCGACCCUAGUGAGGAGAAGCGGAACAGAAGAAGAAUGAAUGAAUGAAUUUUAUGGGGUCUUUCUACCCUUUUAAACCAACUUUGAAGUUAGUAUUGCUUAUCAUACGAUAUCCGCUGCCAGUACACACUUCCUUCUUAAUUUCCUAGACAGGGCUAAUUGGUCCAACAUGAAAAUAAUCUCCGCUAUUUUAGUUAGGUUUGACAUUACAGUCUGUUGAGUAGACGUGUUUCAAGAUCAAACGUACAACAGAUACAGUGGUGUGGAUUUUAUCCUUCUGUGUACACCUAGUUAGUUAGUUAGUUAGUUAGUUAGUUAGUUAGUUAGUUAGUUAGUGGCGACAAAUGAUUAAGGGACAAAAAAAAAAUCCUCUUUGACUGACCCUGUUUUUUUGUUUUUGUUUUGUUUCUUCCCUUUUAAUGUCCAUUGUAUAUCACAUCAUGGUAAAACCAACAGCGGAAUCUCCUACAUAGAACGCAAUCCGUUGCAUAAUGGUUGAUUUCCAAUUACAAAAUUAAAGAAAUAUCUGUGCUAAUCUAUGGAAGUGAAACUGCCUCCAUCAUAAAACCUGUGUACUGCUGACCAUGUUUUAAGUAACAUUUUACUUCAUUCGCGGGCAUACAUAAAUAAACAGAGGUUAGCCAUUACAUUCGCAAUACCUUAAAACAAUACACAUGCAGAGGGUAACAAAAGUUACAGAUGCACCUCACACAUCUAGUUUUUUUAACUAUUUACCGACGAUCUACGAACAAGAACUAUCAAUUUGUUUGAACUCACACAAAUGUAAAAUGCAAUGUAAUAUGUUAGCCAAAAAAUAAAACUACCUUUUGAUAACAUGACAACCAUAUGGGUUCAAGCCAGUUAGAGGCUAGCUCGUAAGUAGCAUAAGCAGCUAAUGUUAGCAGUCCUAAACUUUACUCAGCGCUCCUUCUUGUCAGACAUCACAAACAGUUGAGACUACAACAAAUCAAAGUACUUUGUUCAGCAAAGCUGGUUGAGACCAGCUGUGUCUUAGCUUUCAAGUAAGCCAAGUAAGUCUUGUUCUCACACACCCCAUGUUGGUCUCGUUUAACUAUGGUCUCUCAGAAAAAAAACAGUACGUGAUUUGAUGCCGGCCGAUUCGAGCUCGACUUUGAGCUACGUUGGCGACACGCGCCUUGUGCUAACGUCAACAGCUACAUGUUCCCCCCCCCCUCGGAUUUGAAGUGUAAUUUACCUCAAUUGACAGAUUAACACAUAAAAACAUGGUCUGUAGCCAAAGUACUGUACUCUCCUGUACCGUACUUGCUAUACAUUAACAAAACUCAUCAACAUCGUAUCGGUUUGUGAAUUUUCUGGUUAUGAAGUAAUAUUAGUAUAUACCAUAUAUCGACUUUAAACGUGUACAAUUACUAUAUGUAAGAACGCAUAUUGUUCAAUUGGGAUCAUGCUGCGGUCAGUCACAAUUUUAUGAUAAGACUCAUUGAUCUGCGUUGAGUGUUUUACACAAUAACAGUAAGAAAUGUAGUCGUUACCAAUGCAACUCAACUAUACCACCACAAGCAUAGUCACUGACUUGACACUGAAGAUACGUUCUUUCCUUAUAACUCUUUCUACAGGUAUUAUGGUGGGGAGGGGGGAAUAAAGCAAAAUUAUUCUGGUUGUUUGAUCGAACGUCACUCCAUUCUUCCUUAAACCAGAUACUGUAUUCGAUGCUCAAGAGCAAUGUGCUGCUACUAAGGGCCUGAUUUACUGAGAUCCAAAAUAGACGGUGCUUUUAACAGAUUGUGUGGUUAGUAGUAGAUCUGCUUCCACAUCUGUUUGCAUCAGCAAUUAAGUAUGUGCCUAUUUUUGCUUUUGUAAAUCAGGCCCUAAGUGUUUAUGCAAUGUCCCUGCCUCAUGCAAUGCUUUGAGCGUUAUCAUACCCACCGACGGUGAAUUCUGAGCAUACCAGUGAGUCAUUUAACCAGUUUUUUGUUUUUUUCUAAAGGAAACUGCACUUAAAGAAUGAACAUUGUAUUCAGUGAAACAAUUGUCAUUGCAUAUUUAUGUUGCUACUUCACAUGAUGAAUAUACACUAUUCAAUACAGCUAGUAGUCUACCGUUUCAUUGAAACAUACUUAAAAACAACCACUGGAAAUAUUUUUGUUAACCUGUUUGAGUUUAUGCCUACCUCAUCGCUAUGUUGCCAUGACUGCAUGAUAACACCGUGAAUCCUGUGAUAGCACACAUUCUGUGAUUUUGACUUUGUGUAAACAUGUAAGCAUCUCAAGUGCUAAAUGCAUGACAUACUGACAGUUUUCAUCGGUCAACAUUUCUCAAAAAAUGAGUCAGAAAUCUUUCACUGAUCAGGAGUGAUGCUGUCCUUAUUAAUGCUUGGUUGUUGUUGUCUAGUUAGGAACAUCUAGGAACAUAUCCUGCUCUUGCUUCUUCCAACUCAAAACUUUAGUUACAAUAUCUGGUGUAAAUUGAUGUGUGUGUGUGUCCCGAUUCGACACAUGAUCUAAAACAUCGCCGAAAGUUUUCAACUGAGCAGAAAUCGUGUUCUGAAACAUACAGUUAAGAUUAAAGUGCAUC